GACUGUAGAAGGAUUCACAAUGAGCAGCUGCUGGAUGUUGUUGCGAAAAGUUUGUUGGAUGCGUUGGUGCUUGAAGCAACUAAUAAAUACGUGCGAGAAAUAGGGAGAUGUAAAAUAGAUGAGGGUAUAAAUUAUGUCAAGUCACGUCUGGAUAAAAUAAACAGGCAGCUGGACAGGCUAUGGCUGAAGCAGUUCUUUGAUCGCUGGCGAGAAUGCACAGCUCGUAGAAAAGAAGAGAAUCGACUGAAAAUGGAAUUGUUGGGGACGUUUCCUGUUUUGCUGCCUGCGAGUUGUCAGCUGGUCAUUCACCAACGGUAUGAUCCACUAACGAAUGGGUGCAUCGCUGACGAUUACAGCAAGCUACUUUUUGGGCAAAAACUGGACGCAUUCGUUGAAAAGAGGCGUGAGAAAGUGGUGCGGAAGGCGUUUGCGAAGUGGCGGACGUGGACGCGCUGGCAAAUUGAAAGGAGAGAAUUUUUCACCGUCGCAGACACUAAUUCAACAUUGAAAUUACAUCGUCGUUCCGCUGAUUUUCGUGAGGAUGAAGUUCGUUUACGAAUGGCGCUGGCUGAAGCAGAAUGCGAGCGACUGAAACCGUUUUUGAUUGACGAGGAAUUCCUCGAUGGUUGGUUCUUGCAAGUUACUGAUGGCGAAAUGGAAGAUAACAAAUUUUAUUCUUGUCAUGCAGUUACAUAA